AGCGCACGACUCCAGCACGCGAAAGGAAUGGGGGCCUCCAAGAAACUCCACUUCCUCAGUUCAGAAGUUUCACUCGGACCGUUGAGAUCGGCGAACGGGUUUACUGCGAGCGAGCGCGCGCGCAACAUUUCGAACGGUUUUCGGUGUCGCUCUCUGACUUUGGACCCUGAGUUGUUGUUGGCGGCGGAGUGGUACCGUAGGGAGAGACUUCAACGAGCGAACGAAGCAGCGACGAACCCUUUAAGGUUGACUUUUUUUUUCUGUUUGAUACCGCGGAUCCAGAGGAGCCCAGGGGGUGUUGUACAAUAAUUGUUUGGGCUAUUGUGCGAGUGUAAGAUCUAUCCGGCGAGGUUGGAAUUUCGUCUAAAAAGAGGCUAUCAGCUGUUGUCGAGAGCUGGACAGGAGGGAUUGUUGGGAUUUGUAGUGCCAUCCGAGAAGGAGGAAGUUUUGUGUCGAAGGAAAACUUGUGGCAACUUUUGUGCAAUCUACCUAGUUACUUGUAACUGCACUGCAUGUUUGCGAACGUGUCGCUCUGGUGUGACUUGGAUAUGACAGUGUCGUGAGCUUGGAGCGAGCCCGGAGUCGCUGAAAGGAGGCAGAAAAUUGUAAAACUGGGCGAGCUGCAGCAGCACCACAGCUCGGCGGCUGCAUUCAGAAAAAGGUGGUGAAAUCGAUAUUGUGCAAUUGAUUCGAGUGCGGUUGGCAAAACGCGAUAGAAAAUGUGAAAAUUGCAAUCCAAUUGACGAGUGUUUUUCCUCUAUUAUUUUCGUUCCAUCUUCUGUUAUCCCACAAAGCCUUCGCCCGAAAGAGCUGUACGAUGCCAAAAUCGAGCCUUUAAUUGCGUGUACAGAUUGCAUCAGAGGAAGCGCAAAUUAGUUAAAAGUUAUUAUCCAAGCACAAGUGCACGAAAGAAACCAGAAGAAGCCAAACAUUAGUGUAUGCAGACAACAGCAGACAGCAGCAGCAACAACUGCAGUUGCAGGUUUCCUUUGACGCGUGUGUGGUGAGGCAAAAGCAGCAAAACAAAAAAAAACUUCCAGCCAAGAUGGGGCACCGUGAAUGCAAAUCGGGUGCAUACAUAUUCAUACUGUUGCUGAAUGUUGGAUUACUGAUGCAGCAAUCGUCAGCGCAGCAAAACAACUUCUACUUCGCCCAGUCGCAGGGCCGCUUCGUGCCCACGUUCGACAACCCCCGGAAUGGGUUUUUUCCCUCGACGAUAAACCGAAACCAACCGCCGGACUCGUACCAGGAGCAGACCCUCUUCGUGGACAGCAGUAGUGCCAACAGCCGCCGGUUGGGCAGCCGGACCAGCCUGAGCCAACAGCAGCAGCCACCGCCCCCGCAGCAGGGCCUCGGCUCGGACGGUGAUGCGGUAACGCCAUCGUACUUCCAAUUCACCUACACGACACCAAGAAGUCAGGAUAUUUUCGAGAUAUCCCCCCGGCCGUUCUCGGUGACACCCCAGCCCAACGCAGGCUUCCAGUACUCGCGUGGAUCGCUGCGGAAUGACUUUUUCUCCUCGACGAAUGGCCUCAGCGCCAAUAGGAACUUUGGCACCGGAAGUGCUAGUGGUAGCAGUAGCAGUAGCAGCAGCAGCACGAGUGGGAGUAAUUUGGGAUCCAGUUCCGGUAUCAGCAGCAGCGGAAGUAGCUAUUCGUACAGGCAGUCGCACCGGAAGAGUCCUUUCAGCAAUAGCGCCGUGGGGACCAGUUUGACCAGUAACGAGCCGGUGUCGACCGAAGCGCCUCAGCGCCCACUAGCAACGGAAACGGGAGGACGCGAACGGCUCUCAUCCUUUUCCUCAAACCGGAUAUCGCGACCCUUCGGCAGCAACUCAGACGACUCGUCCCCACCAACACGCGGCUUCCUAGGUUCAACAGCGGCACAACAAAGGCAACAGCAGCAGCAAAGCUCAUCGUCGUCGUCGUCCUCAUCAUCACAAACGUCUGCAGCGGCGGCUGCAUCGCGAAUUCCACCGUCAGCCGCGCGGAACGGUUUCAGAUCCAAAUCGGAAGAGUUGGGUGGAAGCGGCAGCAGCAGCAGCAGGUACCAUCAGAAUGAAACCAAUGGCGGUGGCAAAGACAGUGGCAGCAGUAGCAGCACCAGCAGCAGUCGGUACACCAAGCCCACAUUGAAACCGAGCCGAUUCCGAUCGACAACGACGAACGAUCCGGUCACUGCCAAGAGUACGACCGUUGAGAGCGUGGUGCUGAGGAAUCGAUUCGCUGGACGGACCCCUGCUCCCAAUGCUCACCGACCGGCCUUCGACUCGAAGCGUGUUAUCGGUCUGAACAGUGCGGCUGCUACGGCUCCCCGUGGAGGACCGAUCGUAAAUUCGGCAAAGCCAAAGCCCACCACCACUACGACGACAACCACUCCGAAAUCAUCCACCCAGUCACGGUUUAUCCAUCUCCCAGCCCGACCGGUGAUUCCCACCAUCAACAUCACCCACAAUGGAUCGGCGAAAUCGGCCGAAGUGAUCUACGACUACGAGGACUACGCCGAAGACGACAAGGAUACGAACGAGUUUGUGGACGACCAGCAGGAAAUCAAGGACUUCAAGCCGACGCAGUCUCAAAAGGGAAAUUUGCGGAAGGGAAGCGACGAUCUGGAUGUUGCAGUGAGCAGUACGAGUAGUGCCCCUACGAGCACCACGGCCAAGGCCAGCGAGAAUGAAGAUCGGGGAGGCAACAAUAUCAACGAGAACGAGUACUAUGACGUGGUAAAGGAAAACGAUAGUCAGACCAGCAAUGCCGAACAGAUCGAAGAUCAUACCGUGAUUCUGACCGAUAAUUUCUUCCUGCCAAACUCCGGAUCGGAAGAGUUGGAGGAUGCUGAAUACGAGGAGGAGGAAAUCACUGAGGCACCUAAGAAGGAAGUUUCAUCAGUCGCUCCGACACAACAGGAUAAGAAGGAAGUGGAUUCAGCUUAUGACGAAGAGUACCUGUACGAUGACGAUGAACCAGCUUUUACUACAACGGUGAAACCGGAGGUCAAGCCUGUCCCAUCGCCAGCAGCUCCUGCAGAAGUGGAACAGCAGAAGGAAGAAGAUGUGGAUACACUGCUUUUCUCGGAAGAAGACGACAAGGACGAGCCACCAGCUGCGUCCGUAUCGCAUGACGACGUCGAAGCAGAAACAACGCGCGUCAUCCCACUGGAAACUACUUCGACGACCACAACUACGCCUGCUACAAGCACGGAGUCGUCGACGGCCGAGCCAAGCUCAACCACUGAACGAACGGUCAGCAGUUCUGUGGAAAACGAAACGUCUUCCAAUGUUACGACGGAAAGUUGGGUAGUGGUGGCUUCGGUUCAAACGAGCAGAAGCGUUUCCGGUGCUCGAUUCCUACCGUUCCCUCAGGUUGAACAAGACGAGAAAAAGCAGAGCUUGUCCGAGCUUGAUGCCAAGAACAGCAAUGAAAGUGACGAUUUGGAUAUAACGACUGUAAGCAGUCAGGAGGUGGAGAAGACAACCAUUGCUCCACAGGAAACGGUCAUAUCAGUUACGGACGACUCGGAAACUCCAACUACAGAGAAGACGUUGAAUGCUCAGUCUACUGAAAGCAUAAUCGAUAAACUGGACAGAGUUCAAUCUGAGCUGUCGAGUGGAGUUCUGACCGGCAAAUUCCCUGUUUUAAAGGAAAUGGUUACUGAAGACUCGAAAGUGCCAAACUCAUCUUUGCCACCGGUCAACAUUCGCAAGUUCCAACCGAAUAACAGAGCUUCCACCACGAAGAAGCCUCGACCUGGGUUCACGCCUGCGCAAAAACCAGCCACAGCCACCGAGAGCAUAAUCAAGAGCAUCAACUUUGAAACGAUUGCAGUUGAUGAUAUCUCUGCUCUGCUUCCGCCGGAUUUCAAACAGAAGAAUGCCUACAAGCUGAAGAAGUUUGGUGGCAGUAGCACAACUCCUGAAACACUCGCAGCUGCUAAGGAUGUUUUGAAUGAGGAGCCAUUGAAGCCUGAACUUGGAAACCGCUUCCGCCCGGCGAACAUCAGUCGAUCCUACAAGAGCAACGUCCCAGUUCAGGAGUUGAGUUCACUUCUGCCGAAGGACUAUCGUUUGAACCGCACUGAAGAGGAAGUUAAAACAACCAACAAUUUGAAGGAACUUAUCAGUAAGAUCAAGGUCAACGAGAAGCCCAAUGGUACGCUGGACGUGCUGAAAAAGGUGCAGAAGGUUGAUGUCAGCUCCUUCCUACCUCCAGGUUAUAAACCUCCGGCGGAAUCUGGACCCAGCACCAAGGCCCCGAAACCAGCCAUCAUCGACGAUGAUGUUAGCAAGUUACUUCCUCCAGGAUAUAAAAGUUUCAAGACAACCAAGAAACCAACUACCACCGCAUCGUCCGUUAUCGACGAUGAUAUUAGCAAGUUUUUACCUCCUGGUUACAAAGCUCCUAAGGAAGAAUCGAAAAUAGUAUUCAGCGAUGACAUCAGCAAAUUCCUUCCACCGGGAUACAAAGCUCCCAAAUCAGAGACAUCCACCAAAGCGUCAGUCUCAUUCAAUGAAGACGUCAGCAAGUUCCUUCCACCGGGCUACAAACCUCCCGCCGACGAAAAGGUACACGAACCAGAGGUCAUCGAUCCAACUAGCCUCCUCAGUAAGAUCCAAUUCAAAGACGUGUCGGCAUUGCUUCCUACCGGAUUCAACGAGUCCAAACCGCAGCCUCCGUCGCCUCCGAGCAGCACUGCCGCCGGAAACGCAGCCGGAAGCAGCUACAAGGUAGUCUUCCCCAGUCGACCGGGUACUGUCAUCAAGAAACCUGGCGCAGGUCGCAUCACCACCCCGAAACCCUCGCAUGCCGAAGGCCCCGCCUCACCGGACAUACUGAUCCGCAAGGGACCACCCACUCGUGCCACGACGGAAUUCACAGGAUGGCCAACACCCUCGACGACGCCGCUUUCGAUCGAAAAACUGCUGGAACAACAGAAACAACAGGAACUGCUGGAGAAACUUCUGGCUUCGUCGACGACGACGACAACCACUACCACGACCACCACCACUACGACCACAACGCCAAGACCAACGGAACCAGGCCUAUGCCAUUCGGAGUGUGACCUGGCCGGUACGAUCCGCAUCGUUGACGGAGUCAAAUGGGUACCGGAGCUGCUGGAUCACAACACAGCCGAAUGGAAACAGCUGGCAAAGGACGUCGAGGCUCAACUGAACGAAGUCUACAGCAGCGCGCAGAAUCUGAGCAAGUGGUACAAGAAGGUGCGCAUCGACAGCUUCAGCAAGGGUAGCGUCCUGGUGGACUAUUUCGUGGAACUGGCCGACCUGACCGAGGACGUCAACACGCUGGAGAUCAAGCGGCUGUUCCACGAGGCGCUGACGCCCGCCCCGCUACCGACAACCACUGUCGAGCCUAGCACGGAUCUGGACGAAGAAGACGGUGGAGAUUUGCAAGUGCAGAACAAACGGACCAAGGAGAAUCUACAAUCGGCGGUACCUCGCGUCAAGGAGGUCUUCCUGUUGGGCAGAUUCAAAGUCGAUCCGGUUUCGACUGAUUUCACCGUUAUCCCGAAACAGAUUCUUCCACCGGUUGAUCCCGAGGAGGAAGAUCUACUGUUACCUCAGUGGGCAAUAGCCGGAAUCGUCAUUGGGUUGGCUUCGCUUCUCUUCGUGAUACUUUUCGGCGUCACAGUGUUGAUAAAUCGUCAAAAGGCAGCCAAGAAGAAGGCACCAACGCCACUGACUGCAGAUAUGUUGAACGAGCUGAACAAGAACCACAUGGGAGGAAUCGACAACUAUGGCUCGGAAGAUCUGUACAAUCUGGACGACGCGUGGGACGACCAUGGGCACGAUGUGAAACCAAAGCGCUUCUCCAACUCCAUGCAUGGCAGCAGUGCUUCGAACAUUUACGACAGCUGGCGCUCGCAGCGCCAUCCGCCGCAGCCAAACGAUAGCUACUACUACGACGACUACAACCUCAAGGGUUCGCACUACCCGCCGACCGGUCACCACCAUCAUCACCACCACCGGUUACAGGAUGCGGCCUUCAUGCUGCACGAACCGCCGCCACCGGUGAUGGCCAUGUACCCGCCAUAUCACCAUGCGCCGCCACCGCCAACCAGUCACUACAACACGAACUCGAGGCGGUAUUACCGAGAUUACGAUCCUAACUUCUAGGUUCGCGCCACCGAACGCCGCCACCGCCGCCCCGUUUCCAGUCCUUCUUCAUCCCAGUCAUCUAUACAUUGUUCCAUUAAAAACCAACCGAGAGUCGUCGUCGUUUAGUUAUAAUCUACUUUUUGUUUUUUUCCAACGAAAGGAUCACCCUUCUGAAUCCAUUGCUGAGCUGCUACUUUUGCUCAGAUACUAGUGCUAUGUCGUAGCCUCAUUCCAUUAUCCCUUGAUUCUUUACUUUACUCAGAUUACUUUCGAAUAAGGCCCUUAUAGUAUAGUAGGAUAUUUUCUAAUGUAAAUAAAUUAUUUAUUUUGUAAAAAACAGAAAACCGAAAUUACGAAUGAGAUAAAAAAAAUAUAAAACAAUUAAUUA